UGGAGAAAAUAACAAGUAGCACGAGGGAUGAUUGACGGGGCAAUUCAGUCAUUGAAACGGCGGCCGUCCUUCGUCAAACUCCAGAAUAUUAUGAAAGUGUUUGCUGAAAGUACCAAAGAGCAGAAAAGACUCCAGAAAAGUAAAACUAUAUAAAAGGCCAGGGUCCCACAUUCUUCUUAGUUGACAGCUUCUCUGUUUUUUAUUUAUUUUCUUUUCUUUUUUUUCCCUCUCUUUCUCCGUCACCUCUUCUCCGAUCUCCAUCUCCGCAUUUCCUAAUUUAUAGUGAAAAUUUAUUUAUUUUUGUUCACUUUAAGUUAAGCAGCAACGUGAUUUCUAAUGGACUCGCUGUCGCCGGUGAUCGGACGACGGCUGACACUCCCGGCGAGAUACUUCCCCGCCUCUAUUUCUCACCAACUUCAUCGGCAUGAUCGUCUCCUAACUUUCGGGUCGAAUUUCCGGAGAAGGACAAUCGCGAUUGGAGUGAAAGCAGCAGCGCCCUCUACGGCUACUGGCAUUGAUUUUAGUGAUCCGGAUUGGAAGUCAAAGUAUGAGCAGGAAUUCGCCGCUCGCUUCAAUAUUCCUCAUUUGACUGAUGUUUUCCCCGACGCCAUUUCCUAUCCUUCCACUUUCUGCCUUAAAAUGAGGACACCAGUGACAGAGAAAUUUGCCUCAGGUUAUCCAUCGGAUGAGGAAUGGCACGGAUACAUAAAUAAUAAUGAUAGGGUGCUUUUGAAGGUUAUACAUUAUUCGUCGCCCACGUCUGCUGGUGCAGAGUGCAUUGAUCCGGGCUGUACGUGGGUGGAGCAAUGGGUCCACCGUGCUGGUCCUCGAGAGAAAAUUUUCUUUAAGCCAGAAGAUGUAAAAGCAGCUAUUGUAACUUGUGGAGGACUUUGCCCUGGUCUCAAUGAUGUGAUCCGACAGAUCGUCAUCACUCUUGAAAUAUACGGUGUGAAGAAGAUUGUAGGAAUUCCCUUUGGUUACCGCGGCUUUAGUGACAAAGAUCUUGCUGAAAUGCCAUUAUCAAGGAAAAUAGUUCAGAACGUUCAUCUUUCUGGAGGAAGUUUGCUGGGGGUGUCACGUGGCGGGCCGACUGUUUCUGAAAUUGUGGACAGUAUGGAGGAAAGAGGGAUCAACAUGCUGUUUGUACUUGGCGGAAACGGUACUCAUGCUGGUGCCAAUGCAAUACAUGAGGAGUGUCGUAGAAGGCGGCUGAAGAUAGCUGUUGUUGGCGUGCCUAAAACCAUUGACAAUGAUAUCAUGCUUAUGGACAAAACGUUCGGGUUUGAUACUGCUGUUGAGGAAGCACAGAGGGCCAUCAAUUCUGCUUAUAUAGAAGCUCAUAGCGCUUACCGUGGAAUUGGAGUUGUGAAGUUGAUGGGUCGCAGUAGUGGAUAUAUUGCCAUGCAAGCAUCCCUUGCUAGUGGACAGAUUGAUAUAUGUUUGAUACCUGAGGUACCUUUCAAUUUGCAUGGACCACAUGGGGUACUGAACCAUUUGAAGUAUCUCCUUGAAACAAAAGGAUCAGCUGUGAUCUGUGUGGCAGAGGGUGCCGGGCAGACUCUUCUUGAGAAAACUAAUGCAACAGAUGCCUCAGGGAAUGUCGUUCUUGGAGAUAUUGGUGUCCAUAUUCAACAGGAGAUUAAAAAGUAUUUUAAGGAGAUGGGAGCUCCAGCUGAUGUGAAAUACAUUGAUCCUACAUAUAUGAUUCGAGCAUGUCGUGCUAAUGCCUCUGAUGGGAUCCUCUGCACAGUUCUUGGCCAAAAUGCUGUUCAUGGUGCAUUUGCUGGAUAUAGUGGCAUCACUGUUGGGAUAUGCAACACACAUUACGUCUACUUCCCCAUUCCUGAAGUUAUUUCCCAACCCAGAACUGUAGAUCCCAACAGUCGUAUGUGGCACCGUUGUUUAACAUCGACGGGCCAGCCUGAUUUUAUUUAAUGCACGCAGGCAGAUAAUUACACAUUCUAUAGAAAAUGUACACCUAUCAUUUUUAUGUAAAAUAGAUUAGCAGAAGCCGAUUUUCAAUUCCCGGCUGAGGUCUGUCAAGGGCCGAUUAAUUCAGCAAUAAAAUCAUAGACACGGGACAUUCCACAUUCUUUCCAUGUAUAGUUGAGGAUCACGGUUCCAGCUCUGAACAGGAACCUCAGUUAACAACUCAAGGUUAAUUCAGACUCAGGAAAAAAAAUCCAAACUUCUUAAAUUCUUGCGACUGUAGUUCCUUACAACCUGUCUUUUCAUGUAACACCGGUUCUGUUUCAUCCAAUAAAAGCUUCCCCUAAUUUGGGAAGACCGAUUAGUUUUGUUCAGUGACUUUUGUUUGUUGUUCAACUCAACCCAUG